UUUCCACAAAGCCUGUGUGGAUCCAUGGCUUAGCGAGCACUGUACGUGUCCAAUGUGUAAACUGAACAUUUUGAAGGCACUGGGAAUUGUGCCAAACGUGCCAUGUACAGAUAACGUAGCCUUUGACAUGGAGAGGCUCGCCAGAGGCCAGCCAGCGAGCCGGCGCUCGGCGCUCGGCGACUUUGCCAAUGACAGCGCGCUCAGCCUGGAGCCCCUGCGCACCUCUGGGAUGUCACAGCUUCCACAGGACGGGGAGCUAACGCCAAGGUCGGGAGAGAUCAACAUUGCUGUGACAAAAGAAUGGUUUAUUAUUGCCAGUUUUGGCCUCCUCAGUGCCCUUACACUCUGCUACAUGAUCAUCAAAGCCACAGCUAGCUUGAAUGCUAAUGAAGCAGAAUGGUAUUGAAGAAACGCUUUCCGGCCGAUUGCCUUGGAGAGAGACACCUAUUUUUAUGCAUCAUUUAUCGAUCAUGCAGCACAAGCAAUUAUUUAGUACAUUCUAUUUUUUCAUAAAAUUUGCUGAUGCCAAAGCUUUGUAUUAAGGAAAAAGUGAAGAAAUAAAAAAAAAAAACUUUAAUUACGAAA